UUUUUACUCUACCGUUAUUUCCCUUAAUCGCUUCUCUUGAAAGAUUUCUCCCCUCCGACUCACGUCCCUGAUCCCCGUUGGCUGCCCAUUCGCACCCCUUUGCGUCACACGAGCCAGGGCCUCCUCAUCAAACCCAACCCAUCCCUACUCCUUCACCCGAUCACCCCACUCUCCAAGUCUCAGCCUCCUGCUUCCAAGAGUUAGACUCGGUUCUGCCAGACAAGAAACAGUCAGACAGCCCCUCCUCUCCCCCUGUUCAGCAGAGAUACUCCGAGCAAGUCGUACAAAGCGCACUUAAAUAUAAAGAACCACGUAUUCCUUCCUCUCUCGGAGUAGAUCAAUAGAUCAACACUAUCGUCAGUUCCAGGACAAGUACCCUCCAAUCAAUUGCCGUGAUACCCUGGGCUUAUCAGUCAGCGCUCCCUCAAAUCUCCAAGUCAGCGCCGUCAAUAUCUAAGCAUGAUGGCGUCGGCAGGGACUUCCUCGUCGCGGACCAAGCAGGCAGGAAGCACCUCCCAAGAGUCAUCAACGUCCAAGUCGUCUCCGGAACAGACCGCGUCCCGAUCCUCGCUGACCACAGCUCGAGCCAAUGCCGCUCUCUCGCAGACCAUCUCAGGGAUCUCUGCCACCGGACGAUCGAUCUCAACGCUUGUGUCGUCAGGACUACAUCACCCAAAACACCGCAUCAUGGAGUUGCUCCACACGUUCAAUGUCUCCGAGCUGGCAUCCUCAGCUCGCCACACGCUUUCGACCACGAGCAGCAUUGUGUUCUCGCCAUUGACCGUGCAAGCCGUCAAGGGCGAUCUGACGGGGAUUGCAUCACUGACAGGGCUAUCUGGUAUGGCGCCACAUCUAAUGGCUGGUCACUACCUGAAACGCGCGACGGCGAACGCGCAGGCCCUGGCCCUCACAGGAACUAUGCAGGCAAUACCGGCGCCUGCGGAUCAAUUACUGGCGGAGGACAUUCCGGAUCCAGGGGCACGAGUUUCACUCUUCCAGGGUUUCAGGGCAUCAUACCCGGGACAUUCCAAGGGCAGCAAGAGGGGUAAAAACCAUCAUAGGCGGCGGAAGAAUGGAUUUGGCGAGGUAGACGAAGACGACCCGAACAAGGCGUUUUCUUCUUUACUGAAUGAACGAGAGAGGACGAUCAAGGAGCAGGUCAAGCUGCAGGCAGAAAAGACCGUCAUCCAAUCCGAGAUAAAUCAAAUAGCUGCAUCCAUCGAGACUCUACAGGCGAAGAAAGAAAACCUUGGAUUCAAGUUGAGCAAACUGGCAGAGCGCGAGGACGAUCUUGCCGAUACCUUGGGAGAGCUAAAUGAUAAACUCGCAUCGGUAUCAGAACAGAGCAAGCAUCGAGACGGUGAACCGCUUCAACUGGAAUACAGACAAGAAACUAGAGACUCGGGCACUUGCAUGCACACAUUUUACGGACAUGACGGGAUCAUCACUAGCCUGGACCUUAAUGGCCCUUAUGGAACUAUGGUCACUGCCUCGAGGGAUUGCACAGCGCGCGUAUGGGACUUAACGACAUUCAAAUGCUUGGGUCAGCUCCCUGGCCACGAUGAUUAUGUGGAGUGCAUGCAGCUCACGCAGCAUAUGCUGGUGACAGGAUCCAGGGAUAACACGAUCAGGACCUGGAACUUGGCCGACUUGAACCAUGCCCAAAACUCGCGCUCAUCAUCGCCCUCGCCCUCCGAAUCCAGCAUGUACUCGAACAAUAUCAACGGCAAGUCAACCGAAGUAGGCGAAGAGUACUCUCGGCGAUCAGUAGAGACGAUCGAGGUCCUUGACAAGUGCUGGACCAGCACGCUCAGCGGACACACCGGAAACGUCACGUGCCUGUACUUGGAGGAUGAUAAAUUGAUUUCCGGCUCAAACGACAAGACGAUCAAGGAAUGGGAUAUGACAACUGGCCAAUGCGUGCUCACGAUGGAUCUCCUCUGGGCUAUGGGUACAUCGAACACUUGGUCUGACUGGAUGAACGAGGCCCAAGAUCAGAGCUAUGUCGGUGGACUCCAGUUCUGGCAGUACGCACUAUGCAGUGGAACUAUCGAUGGCGCUAUUCGCAUGUGGGAUCUGAGAACUGGUCAAUCGCACAGGACAUUGGCUGGCCAUACUGGUCCCAUCACAUCCUUGCAGUUUGACGAGUAUCAUGUUGUCAGCGGAAGCAUGGACAGAAGCGUGCGGAUAUGGGAUCUCAGGACCGGCGCAAUCCAAGAGAUUCUACAGUACGAUGAUCCAGUGCGAACCCUUCAGUUCGACACCUCAAAAAUCAUUGUUGGAUCCGGAGAAAGCCUCAAGGUGUAUGACAGGGUGUCACAGAAGCAUUCGUACUAUACGGGACACACCAACACAGUCGAGAGUGUACGGUUCAAUGAUUCGGUCAUUAUAUCCGGAGGUCAGGACUCAACCGUUAGAUUAUGGAGCCGGUGAGGGCGUCCAUCUAGAAGCAAAUAAAAUCAGC